UUCAAGGAUCCAGAGUGAGUGGAAGCCGCAGUGAGGACGCAACUGUUUCAGCGUUCAGUUUGGGAUUCUUCACAGACUCUGUUUGGGAAAGCUUAACCUCGAGGGAAAGAACCCUGCAGACGAACUACGCCGAAACACUUGGACACAUAUAAAAAGGAUUUAGCAUUUUUGCUGGAAAAGCACUCUUUCCUGAAUGCGCGAGAGUGAAGGCGUUGGGAAUAAACAACACAGCUCAGUGUUGUCGGCGUCCUGGAGGAGCUCUUGCCUGAGCCGAGCAGCAAACAAAGUCUCGCUGUGGAUUUUCACGACUCAAAUGUCUUGCAGGAUACGGACGCUUGAGAUUGAUUUACGAUCUUGUGUGCUGUGACUGUGUCAGAGUCUGAAGUUGUGUGGUUGAGGAGACCAAUGCCAGGAAUCAGUGCGAACGUUCUGCCGUGUGACAGGUGGGAGAUGGAGGAAUGUGACCAGUACCAACACUAUUUCUACGAUGACCAUAACCUGGACGAGGAUUUCUUCAAAUCCACCGCGCCGAGCGAGGACAUUUGGAAGAAAUUCGAGCUGGUGCCAACCCCGCCCAUGUCACCCAUCAGGACAGUGGAAGGUGCAGUGUAUCCAUCGCUAGGGGACAAGCUGGAGUGGGUGUCCCAGUUCUUGGGGCAGGACGAAGAGCAUGAGGGACAAUGCAAAGUCAGUGCGGAGAAGACUUUUGGUAACUUGAGCUCCAUCAUUAUCCAGGACUGCAUGUGGAGCGGCUUUUCCGCCAGCCAGCGGCUAGAGAAAGUGGUCAGUGAGCGCUUAUCUUGCUCGGGACAGUCCAAGCUGCCCUUCACCCUCCAGACUAACUCGACGCAGCCCAGCAAGUCGCAGGGUGUCCCUGCAGACGCCACGCCUGUUCUCAACAGCUUGGCGACGGAUUGUGUGGAUCCAGCGGCUGUCCUGACCUUUCCCUUGAGCAGCAGCUGCAAGAAACAGGUGUCGUCCGGGUCAGAGUCACGCACCGACUCCUCUGAUGAUGAAGAGAUCGAUGUGGUGACAGUGGAGCAUAAGCACAAUAAGCCACGGCUGGUCAGCUCCCGUAAGCCGGUCACAAUCACCGUGCGUGCUGACCCAUACGACCCCGGCAUGAAGCGAUUUCACAUCUCCAUCCACCAGCAGCAGCACAACUAUGCCGCCCCCUCCCCUGACAGCCAUGCUGACGCAGAGCCUCCUCGUAAGAGGGUCCGGCAGGAGACUUCUCAACCACGGACAGGCUCCACACCCCACAUGCUCGAGAGCAAACCCCACUUACCUGUUGCUGCCGUCUCCAUGCCAGCACAGGCCAUGGCCACUUCCCCACCCCACGCUUCAUCCCAUCUCAGCCUCAAAUCCCAGCCCUCUAGCCCUCAGAGCUCAGACAGCGAAGACAUGGACAGACGCAAGAACCACAACUUCCUGGAGCGAAAGAGACGCAAUGACCUGCGCUCUCGCUUUCUGGCCCUGAGAGAUGAGAUUCCAAGCCUGGUGGACUGCCCAAAGACGCCCAAGGUGGUGAUCCUGACCAAAGCGACAGAGUACUUGCGUCUACUGCACAUCACUGAUAAGCAAAAGGCCCAGGAAAAGAAGCAGCUGAAGAACAGGCAACAGCAGUUACUUCGGAGGCUAGCAGAACUAAAACGUUCCUAGUAAAUAAAUAAUAAA